CACAAACAGGCAUUGUAGUCGAUCAACGAUCGUCUCCGGCGUUAGCUAACCGUACACACAGCUGGAGCCUCAAACACCGGUGCCCUGGUAGCUGCACAAGUGUUGGGUCGGAACGCUCUUUGACAGAACCUCAUGGCCGAGAGUGAAAAUGUCUUUCUUAGGGCAAAACACCGAACUUUCAGCGGACUGACUGAAGAUGUGGAGCAUGAGUGGACGGGACCAUUUUACUUCAUUCAAGCCGCAGACCCUCAGCUCGGGCUGAUGAAGGCUUGGAGAGACGGGGACUGCGAUGGCGGAGGGGACGAAUGGGCAGAGGAGGUUGAGCUCACCAAGCAGGCUGUGGAGGCUGUUAACCAGCUCAGGCCCAGGCCCAGGUUCAUGGUGCUGUGUGGCGACCUGGUCCAUGCAAUGCCAGACACCCAAUUCAGAGAAGGCCAGGAGCGGGACCUGAAAGCUGCCUUGAGUGGGACAGAUCCCUCCAUCCCACUGGUAUUUGUAAGUGGCAACCAUGACCUGGGCAACACGCCUAAGCCCAGUACAGUGGAUCAGUACUGCAGUGCUUGGGGGGAUGACUAUUUCAGCUUCUGGGUGGGUGGAGUCUUUUGCCUGGUUCUGAACUCGCAGUUGUUCUAUGACGCCUCGGCUUGUCUUCAGUUAAAGGAAGCCCAGGAGGCGUGGAUGGAGGAGCAGCUCAGCAGGUUCUCCUGGCCUUCAACGGUUCCCAGACCCAAACACAUACUGGUGUUCCAGCAUAUUCCUCUGUACCUUAAGAGCCCAGAUGAAGACGAUGACUACUUCAACCUGCAGAAGGAAGUCCGACAAAACCUCCUGGACAAAUUCAAGAAGGCAGGCGUGAUGGCCGUCUUCUCCGGCCACUACCACAGAAACGCCGGGGGGCUCCACGGCGGCCUGGACAUGGUGGUGAGCUCGGCCAUCGGCUGCCAGCUCGGCACCGACGCCCACGGCGUCAGGGCGGUGGUGGUGACGGCCGACCGCGUGGUCCACCGCUACCACAGCCUGGAGCGGCUGAGGAGCGGGGGCGUGGACGAGGACCUCAGGGCGCUCCUGCAGGGUGACGGCCCACGCGCCGUCUAGAUUUGGGUCGUCGCCGCCUUGUUCGCGCCGCUUCCUUUGCCUCUUCCAGUGUUCGGAGGCUGGAAUAUUGCUCAGCACCACUCUAAUCUCCAUAUGUUUUGAAAUAUCAAGAGAUUUAUUUUCAGACAAUAGCUGAGAAAGGAGUCAUUUAAAUCUAUAAUGGUGAUAUAUUACAGGUUGUGCAGAGAAUCUCUUUUAAUCCUCCCUAAAAGAUCGACCAGUGUUUUUAAAACUAGUAGAGGUUAAUGCAGACCCAGUAUUGAGCUGCUAAUGUGGACUGAGUUUACUUUACUGAUCCUGCUACUACUUUUUGCUGUUGCUGCGGUCCAUCCUAUGCAAACUAAUCACCUGAUCGUGCUGUUUGACUGACUUGGAAAAUGUAGAGCUGGCUGCUGACCUGGGUUUUCUCCAACUGUAGCUUUACUGUUUCAUUGAUUUUAUGAUGAGAGAUUAUUUUUAAUAUUUGCGUUAAUUGUAACGUAAUUUAACUAAUGUUUUAAUUUCAGUAUAAUUUCUCCCCUUUAGUAGCAACUUCUCUCCACAAUAAAAUCAGCCUCAAUGAGCAGCUUCGGUCGGAGCCAAAGUGUUUGCUCUCACUGAUCAGUAAGAUUAGCUCCUAAAUGCUCUAUUUAGUGCCAGCACGGGAACGAGGCACACUGAAGAUUAACGAUGUAAAUAAUCAGAAUGUAUCUACACAAUAACGGAAUCUUAAACAUUUUACCAUUCAUUUAAUGAAAAUCUCAAGGAUUAUAGCUUUAACGGUGUGUUUUCAAGUAGUUGCAUUUAUACAAAUCCUGAUGACUUUCAUAUUCAUGUGUACAUCUGCUUAAAGGGAACUUGGCAAACACAGUCUAAAGGCCUGAAACGCUCUUUAAAACGGCCCUUUUUGCAAUAAUCUGGCUUUGUUGUUGAGGCCUAAAUGAGUUUACUCGGUUACACUUACCACACGCAGACUCCCAACACUCACCCUGACUGACUGGGGAUAUAAAAGAGUUGUCAUAGCAACCCUUUAGCAACACAUCUGUGUGCUUGUGCGCGUCUCGGUGAGAGCGAGAGUGACACUAUUGUUGGAGAGAGCGCGCGCAUGAUCCCCGUCUGUGUGCGUUUGUGCUCAGGUCGUUACUGUACCGAAGGUGAUUUUCCACCAGCGACAUGAUCGCUGACCUCAUUUCACACCGACAGAUUCUGCCUUUCCUCCAAAAAGUCAGCAUGUGAUGGAGGGAGGAGAGGGUGUCUGAGAGGAAUGGAUAAUGACUAUGAUGUGUGAAAGAUAAUUCAGUCCAUCUCCUUCAUUUCCUGUCUGCGAUAGAACCUUAUGUCCUUGUCUAUUUUUAUAUCCUCAUGGUAGCGGAGGCCAAUCAGAUCAUGGGAACAUCACACACUUUUAGAAUUGUUGAGAAUGAACAUACUGAAAACAAGGACUGUGGUACCAUUGGUUGUAUUUUUAUAAUAAAUGUUGGUUUCAUCUAA